GUCCGCGUCCGCCGCGGCCAGCUUCUCCGCCUGUGUGGGAACCAAAUCUUCAGCCCGACUUCAAUGCGCGCGUCAUCACACGACGUCGACCAGACGAUUCGGUCGCGCUUCGAGAACUCGACGACAGCACACGACUCGCGCAAAAAUCGGCGGAGUCGACUUCGAUGCGACCGAGCGAGAGAUUUCCGAAGUUCGGUCGCGACCCCCCAAACCGGCGGUUGGUUUCCCCGCGGUUCUCCGCGGCGGGCCGGGGCAGCGGCAGCUGCAUCUCCUCGAAGGCCCGGAGCUCGGCGACGGCGGCGGCGAGCAUGUCCGCGACGGCGCGCGCGGCGCCGGGCCGGCCGCAGUCGUCGCACGCGCGGCAGAUGAGCGCGUAGAGCCGGCACCGCGCGGGCAGGUACUUGGUCGUCGCGAGCGCGACCGUCGCGUCGAGCGCACGCGCGGCCCAGAGGAGGAACUCCGCCGCGUGGCGCGCGAACGCGCCGCCGAGCGCCGCGAGCGGCUCGGCGACGGCGUGGAGGAGGCCCGCGCCGUUGAGCAGGAGCCAGGACGCGCGGUCCCGGUCCCCCGGAGGGAGCGCGAGCAGGUCGCGCGUCGCGGCCCGGACGUCCCGGAGGCGGGCGAAGAGGCGCUGCGCGGUCCGGGGGUAGCGCGUCGCGCCGUCGCCGCGGCGGACGCGCGCGAGCUCGCACUCGGCGCGCCCGAAGACCGCAUCGGCGCGCCACGCCGCGACCUCGGCGUCGUCGCCGCCGCCGGGGCCGCCGCCGCGCCGCGGCCGCGCGAGGAGGCCGUCGCAGAGGCCGACGGCGGCGCCGAAGAACGCGCGCGACGCCGUCGCGUACUCGCCGAGCUCCAGGAGCCGCGCGCCGCAGUGCAGCGCGAGGGGCACGAGCUCGCGCGCCUCGAGCUUCUGCCGGCACCGCGCGUCGAAGCGGCGGAGGUCCGCGGCGCGGUCCGGCGACGACGGCGCCACCUCGGCGCCCCGCGGGAGGCAGCCCCGGUGGGCGAGGGAGCGCCGGUGCUCCAGGAGGGGCACCACGACGCGCUCGUGGAAGUCGCGGGCAAACGCCGACUGGGCCAGCGAUGCCCCGCCCUCGCCCCGGCUCGAGGAGAACGCGGAGCCGUGCUGCGACCGACCGGCCGCAGACGACGCGUCCCCACCCCGGGCCACGGCCCGCGGCGCGGGCAUCAGACCGAGGUGCCGAACGUCCACGACGGCCGCAAGGCCAUCGCUGGCUUCCGAAGGAGCACCCCUGUAUUAACGGCUGCGCUCGGACAACAAACCGCCUCGGGCGACCGCCCCGGCACUGUAGCGCACUACCGGCGUUGUCUCGUGGAGGCCAUCAGGCCGUGCGGUAGCUCCCCACGCGGGUUCGCGGUGGGGCCCCAAACGCGUCUAUAUUUGGGUUUCGCAGUCCCGGUAUUCAAGAAGCAUCAAAGCCGGGUGAUUCUCGUCUUUCGGCUCGCAAUUUUGUUGAAUUUUGAGGAGAUUGGACCAUGUCCCGUCCAUUUUGCACGCACGCGCGCGCGCGCGUUCGUUACGUAUAGAACAGCGGCGAUUGCAGGUGGCGAGGAGGCGGCCACGACGGCGACGAAGCGCCACGCGCGUGCGCUGAUUCCCACAGCCGGCCAAUUCUCCAAGCCCCGCGGGGCUAAAUACAAGGCGAGAACCCCUUAG